AUGGAUGCCCCUACAGUGAGAUUGGAGCCAUGUGAGGAGGGUCCUAGGAAGCUUGAUGAUGUGAAUGCCUUGAAGGCUGAUAUUGUUGGUUUGAGACGUUAUGUGGAUGAGCUGAAAUCCACAUAUUUGACCAUGUUCUUUGGCACGGUAGACCUUACUGAGGUUCCGAGCACAAAUUUCCUAGCAAUUUCUGAGAUCCCUCUAGCUACCAUGACCGAAGAUACUGUUAUGGUUGAUGAUGAUGUCGACUCAAAAGCUCCUGAGACUGAUGAGGAUGAGCUUGGCACGCGAGAUGCAGAAUUAUAUGAUGAUCUAGAGGACCUCGAGGGGGAGAUAGUGCAGACUGUUGUGGAGAGUCUAUAG